AUGACUCAAUUUGAAAAUCAACUAAUUCAUAAACAGGCAAUUAAUGAAAAACUUCUGGCUAUUUAUGAGACUCAAAAUCAUCACAAGCCAAAAGUGAUUCGACAAAAUUGGGCCCAACUAACAACACCCAUUCCAAGUGGUGGAACAUCAUCGAUUGAUAUAAAAACUUUCAUAAUUUUACGACAAUUAUACGAUCGUUUAUGCGAUAAUUCACGGCAAUUAAAUCGUGCAUUCUCAUUACAAUUAUUAUUCACAUUUGGCAAUGCAUUUGUGGUGAUAUUUUGUUCGGUCUAUGGAUGUUUAUUUGGAUAUGUGGUCAACGGUCAAAUUACCGAUCGAACAAAUAUUAAAUAUUUCUUUCUACCAUUUGUUGUAUUGAGUGUUGCGAUUUUGAAAUUGUUAUUAAUGGUGUUCUCAUGUGAAAAUAUGGUUGGUGAAUCGAGGUUGACUGGUUCGAUAAUACAGAAAAUUUCGUUGACAACACAACAACGGCAAAUUAAGGAUAUGGUUCAAGAAUUUUCAUUACAACUAAUGCAUCAAUCGAUUAGUAUAACAGCUUUUGGAUUUUUUAAUGUGGAUUGUACGCUAUUACAAACUAUUGUUGGAGCUGUCACAACUUAUCUGAUAAUAUUAAUACAAUUUGAUUUGACAAUGACUCAUGGUGAUAAUUUAUUAAAUUCACAACAAUCCACAACUUAA